UCGUCUGUUGAAAGAGGAGCGGACCAAAAUGCGGCGUGGUGGUUACUCAUGUUCUUUAAUGAAAAAUGAACGAUACAUGAAAUAACAAUAAUAUACAAAACAAACGAAACGCGAAAACCUAUACAGCCUAUCUAGUGACAACUAACACAAAGACAGGAACAAUCACCCACAAACACACAGUGAAACCCAGGCUACCUAAAUAUGGUUCCCAAUCAGAGACAACGAGAAUCACCUGACUCUGAUUGAGAACCACCUCAGGCAGCCAAGCCUAUGCUAUACACCCCUACUCAGCCACAAUCCCAAUGCCUACUAAAACCCCAAUACGAGAACACAAUAAACCCAUGUCACACCCUGGCCUGACCAAAUAACUAAAGAAAACACAAAAUACUAAGACCAAGGCGUGACAGAACCCCCCUAAGGUGCGGACUCCCGGACGCACCUCAAAACCAUAGGGAGGGGAAGAGGGGAAGCUCGGGACUGAGGGGAAGCUCGGGACUGAGGGGCAGCCCAGCACUGAGGGGAAGCCCAGCACUGAGGGGAAGACAACACAAUAAACCCAUGUCACACCCUGGCCUGACCAAAUAACUAAAGAAAACACAAAAUACUAAUACCAAGGUGUGACACAAUCAAUUGAAUUUACCAUAGGUGGACUCCAAUCAAGUUGCAGAAAUAUCUCAAGGAUGAUCAAUGGAAGCAGGAUUCACCUGAGCUCAAUUUCGAGUCUCAUAGCAAAGGGAAUACUUAUUUACUUAUGUAAAUAAGGCUUUUCUGUUUUUAAUUUUUCAUGAUUUUGCAAAAUAGAAAAAUAAAUCAAAACAACCAUCCCACUCCUUCAGUCACAUUCAAAUCACAUCCCUACACAGACUCAGGUGCCUGGUAGGAUGGAACAUUUAGGCCAUUUGGGCCUCACAGGUGCCUGUGAGGACAGAAUAGGCAGCCAAGACGUGCUCAGCAUAUGUGGGAACUCCUUCAAAACUGUUGGAAAAUCAUUCCAGGUGAAGCUGGUUGUGAGAAUGCCAAGAGUAAGCAAAGCUGUCAUCAAGGCAAAGACAAGAUUGAUGAUGAGUUGGAGAUGACCAUGGUGUGUCACAGGCCUGAGGGUCUGGAGCAGUUGGAGGCCCAGACCAACUUCACCAAGAGAGAGCUACAGAUCCUCUACCGCGGCUUCAAGAAUGAGUGUCCGAGUGGAGUGGUGAAUGAAGAAACAUUUAAACACAUCUACGCCCAGUUCUUCCCCCAUGGAGAUGCCAGCACUUACGCUCAUUAUCUCUUCAAUGCAUUUGACACAACAAACAAUGGAUCCAUUAAGUUUGAGGAGUUUGUAAUGGGACUGUCUACACUGCUGCGGGGCACUAUGAGAGAGAAGCUGGAGUGGACUUUUCAUCUUUACGACAUCAACAACGAUGGAUAUAUUAACAGAGAGGAGAUGACUGAGAUUGUGAGGGCCAUUUACGACAUGAUGGGGAAAUAUACCUACCCUGCACUCAAGGGAGAUGUCCCUAAACAGCAUGUGGAUGCUUUUUUCCAGAAAAUGGAUAAAAACAAAGCUGGAGUUGUGACUUUAGAGGAGUUCAUUGUCGCAUGCCAGGAGGAUGAAAUGAUGAUGAGAUCCAUGCAGCUCUUCGAAAAUGUGAUGUAAAAAAGGAGCCGAUGGAAGGAAGGAGAGAAUUAGAUAAUGAGAGAGAUUGUGUGUGUGUUUCAGUGCAUUUGUGUGAGUUCAUGUGCGCAUGUGCGUGUGUCCACACAUGUUUGUUUAUCCGUGCGUGUCUGUCAGAGUGGAUGAAUGUGGAUGUAUAUCUAUCUCUCUCAUCCUCUCAUCUAACUUGUCAGCAUUCAUGUGUUUGCCAAAUAAUGUCUCUGCCUGGCUACCUGCCUGGGUAUGGAUCAGAUGAAGCCAGAACCGCUGAGAGAACCCUGGACUUGCUAGUCAUAUUGCUGAGCCUGGGAGUAUGCAAACGAAUUACCUGGAAAAUGCUUUCUGCCUUUUUAUGUGACAUAAAGGUUUGUAAAAUCAGAUGAUCAUACAAUAUAGACUGCAGUGUGAUACAGCUGAGAAAACUCAAACCCAUACGCUGCUCCCCGAUUAGGCCUAUGUGGAAACUCCUGAAAGACUCCUGACCCCUACCUGUCAAACACUGAAACUACACCGGGAUACUUUGGGUUCUUUUGACUCCGUUCUUUUUGUCAAAAUAGAUGCAUGCUUGAGCCAGAGGGAUUCCUCCCUCCCUACCAUAGAAAUAGAAUCAUGAUUCUACGUCUAUGCGCCCUACCAACCAUUUGUUUGUCCAGGACUUGGACCUUUAAACUCAUUCAGUGAUUGAUUUAUCGAUAGCUAUGAUCUACAUAUCUGCUUAUUUAUUAAUGUGUUUAUGCUCGAAAAAUAUGAGGUUGUCCUAAUGUAUUAUUUGUUUGUUUUAAGUGUUGUUUCUGUUUCACUGUUGUCGUGGUGACCUCUGUACCUCUGUUGGCUUGGCUGUCGCACUCCAGUCUAUCCUUGUAAUUGUGUCUGUCCCUGACUGAUGCCUGUUCUACUGUAUGCUUAUAAAUACACCUAAUAGACUUGGUUUAUGACUGAUGAUACAUCCUCUUGUAUGAUGGCUGGAUCAAACUAAUGAUAGAAGAUGAACAUCUGAGUAACACAACGUGAAAGGUGUUGGUCAUUGGUGUUUUGACUUGUCUGUUGAAGUGUUUAGUGAGGGACACAGGAGUUAAGCUAAACCCCCAAACUCAUCACAGGACAAAACCAACAUUCUUCUAAUGUGAAACAACUAUAAUUUUUCUUCAACGAAUUACUAAUUUGUGCUGACUUUGUCAGUUCCUCCUCAGUGUACAUUAUGGCAAAUAGAUACAGUGCAUUCGGAAAGUAUUCAGACCCCUUCCCCUUUUCCACAUUUUCUUGUGUUACAGCCUUAUUCUAAAAUGAAUUAAAUUAUUUAUUUGUCUCGUCAAUCUACACACAAUACCCCAUAAUGACAAAGCAAAAAUAGGUUUCUAGAAAUGUUUUCUAAUUUAUUAAAUAUAAAAAACAGAAAUACCUUUAUUUACAUAGGUAUUCAGACCCUUUGCUAUGAGACUCGAAAUUGAGCUAAGGUGCAUCCUGUUUCCAUUGAUCAUCCUUGAGCUGUUUCUACAACUUGAUUGGAGUCCACCUGUGGUAAAUUCAAUUGAGGACAACCAUCUCUCAGAACUCCACCAAUCAGGCCUUUAUGGUAGAGUGGCCAGGCAGAAGCCACUCCUCAGUCAAAUGCACAUGACAGCCUGCUUGGAGUUUGCCUUAAGGCACCUAACAACUCUGAGACCAUGAGAAAAAAGAUUCUCUGGUCUUAUGAAACCAAGAUGGAACUCUUUAGCCUGAAUGCAAAGUGUCACGCCUGGAAGAAACUUGGCACCAUCCUUACAGUGAUGCAUGUUGGUGGCAGUCAUCAGGACCUCAGACUGGAGCGAAGGUUCACCUUCCAUCAGGACAAUGACCAUAAGCACACAGCCAAGAGAAUGCAGGAGUGGCUUCGGGACAAGUCUCUGAAUGUCCUUAAGUGGCCCAGCCAGAGCCUGGACUUGAACCCAAUCUAACAUCUCUGGAGAAACCUGAAAAUAGCUGUGCAGCGACGCUCCCCAUCCAACCUGACAGAACUUGAGAGGAUCUGCAGAGAAGAAUGGGAAAAACUCCCCAAAUACAGGUGUGCCAAGCUUGUAGCAUCAUACCCAUGAAUAGUUGAGUUUGUAACGUUUGAAAAGAGGAAAAAGUGAAGUUGUCUUGACUAUUUUACAAAUGCACUAUAGAUAUAUAUUGAUUAUGUUGCAAUUAUUUUUGCCUCAGGUGUCAAAGGGGUAAAUAAUGAUGAAUGAUAAUCAGCGCUUAAAACAAUCUGAAUAUAAAAUGUAACAAAGAGGUUCACCUCAUACAAUACUCUAUCUUUGACUGAGACAGAUAGGAGAGAGCUUAAGCUUUCAUGUUCUGUUGUACAUUGCAAAUGC